AUGUCGUUCCAAGAUUUACCAGAAGAUUGGCAAUUCAACAUAUUGUCCCUCACCUCUCCUGCUGAUGCAGCUAGGCUCUCCGUAGUUUCCAAGGCUUUUCGAACGGCGGCGGAUUCCGACGCUGUCUGGAACCGUUUUCUCCCUUCCGAUUUGUCCUCCAUUAUUCCCCUUUCUUCCUUCGCUUCUUUAUCCAAGAAGUCUCUUUAUGUCACCCUCUCCGACCAUCCCGUCAUCAUCCAGAACUCUACCAAGAGCUUUCAAUUGGAAAAAUGGACUGGGAACAAGAUUUAUAUGCUUUCUGCUAGAGAUAUAGAAAUUAUUUGGGUUAACGAACCUCAUUAUUGGGAGUGGAUAACCCUGCCACAAUCCAGGUUCGAAGAGGUUGCUAGGCUUCGGGCUGUGUGCUGGUUUCACCUCAGUGGGCUGAUAAAUCCCCGUGACUUGUCCCCAAAUAUUCGAUAUGCUGCUUUUCUUGUGUUUCAGCUGGACGAUGCCCGCGGAUUUGGCUACGAUCCUAUGGUGUUAUCAGUAGGUAUUUUUCGAGGCCCACGCACUUUAAAAAACGUUUGUUUGGAUCCCAGCUUAGAAGAUCACCAAAUCGAUCACAGAUUCCUGGGACUGCAACGUCCUUAUGAGAGAACCGAUGGGUGGCUUGAGAUUGAGAUGGGUGAAUUCUUGAAUUCUGGCCUAGAAGGAGACAUAAUGCAGAUGGAAGCCAGUGAGACGACCAGUACCUGGUGGAAGCAUGGUUUCAUUCUUGAAGGAAUUGAAGUCAGACCAAAGUAUGUCUGA